AUGAAGCUUGGCGCCGGUUACCCGAUGGGUCCUCUAGAGCUGGCCGACUACACGGGUCUGGACACUAAGCAGGCAGUCCUCGCCGUGCUGUACCAAGGGACCGGAGACCAGGUGUUCAGGCCUAUUGCCUUGCUAGACCAGCUGGUUGCCGAGGGGAAGCUUGGCAGAAAAACCGGAGAGGGCUUCUAUAAAUACACCCAGAGCAGCAAAUUAUGA